AUGGUGGCUUCUGCGAGGAGCGAGCCCCACAUACCAGCGGCGCCGAGUCUGCCGACGACACCGCCGCCCGAAACGACGUCUCGGGCAUCGGCGGAGACACGGACCAGCCUUCCUGCGUCCCGCAGCUGUUGUUUCGGCCCUCCAGGGCCGAGCGCCCACCAGCAGUGGCACGACGAUAUCUCGGACUCGCUCCCCGGAGGCGCCCCUCUGGUGAGCGACGUGGAGGCUUGCCAGGCGCUCUGCUGCAGGCACGCGUGCCGGUCGCUGGACGCGCGGCCCGAGGACGGCGCCGUGAGGUGCCGCCUCGCCAGCUCGGUGGCGGGGUCGCUGGAGGGCGGCCCGCUCGUCGAUGCCGUCGACGGCUCCGGCUACCAGGAUCGGGGAUGGCGGAGUGCGCGCCCGAAGGUGAGAACAGAACGGAUCAGAGCAACUCCGGGGUGCCGGGGCCGACUGCGAAUUCGACGGUGGAUGGCGGAGAGGUGA